CUAAAGCAUGUUUUCCUUCAUCUAGUUCAUUAGAACUGUUUGUUCUACAUUAACACAACCAAGCCUGACUGUAGGAGUGCUCUUCAAGACCCCAAGUAACACUCAAUUAAGAAAUAUGGCCACAGCUACUGCUAGUAUCCUGGAGAGUAUUUUUUUGAAGCGGUCACAGCAAAAACGUAAGACAUCACCUCUAAACUACAAGAAGAGGCUGUUUGUACUCACAGAGAGCAAGAUCACGUACUAUGAAUACGACUUUGAUAGAGGGCGUCGAGGAAGUAAGAAGGGGUCAGUAGAUCUGGACAAGAUCAUUUGUGUAGAGUGUGUAGAGCCUGAAGAAAAUCCACCUCCAGAAAGACAAAUCCCGACAAGGGAAGAUUUUGCAGAAACUGAACAGAUUAGUAUCAUUGAGCGAUUUCCCUACCCAUUCCAGAUAAUGUAUGAUGAUGGACCCCUCUAUAUCUUCGCCCCAACAGAGGAUCUGAGGAAACGAUGGAUUCAUCAGCUAAAGCAUGUUAUUCGUUUUAAUAGUGACCUGGCUCAAAAGUUUCAUCCACUCUUCCACCAAGAUGGACAGUACCUAUGCUGUGCACAAACAGCUAAAAAUGCCAUGGGAUGUCAAGUCCUGCAGAAUGCCAAUGGAGUCCUAAAGAAUGAUUCCUCAAAGAGAAGAUCUCGAAAACCACUACCACCUGCACCUUCUGAUGCUUUGGUAAAAUCUGUUAAGCCACUACCACCUGCGCCAACAAAUGUUACCAAUCCAUUAGGAGUACAGAAAGUGGUAGCGAUGUAUGACUUCACUCCAAUCAAUUCUCAGGAUCUACAGUUACACAAAGGAGAAGAGUAUUUAUUAUUAGAUGAGGGCAGUGGACAGCCCUGGCUAAGAGCAAGAGAUAAAAAUGGGAAUGAGGGUUAUAUCCCUAGCAAUUAUGUGACAGAAGCUCAGGAUCCUAUGGAAAUAUAUGAAUGGUAUUCAAAAAAUAUGACAAGAAACCAGGCAGAGCAAUUACUAAGGGCAGAGGACAAGGAGGGUGGAUUUAUUGUUAGAGAUUCUAGCAAAGCUGGAAAGUAUACAGUGUCUGUGUAUGCAAAGUCAUCUGGGGAAGGAAUUAUCCGUCAUUACGUAGUAUGUGAGACGCCUUCAAACCAGUAUUACUUAGCAGAGAAACAUCUCUAUUCCUCAAUUCCAGAACUGAUCACCUAUCAUCAGCAUAAUGCCGCUGGAUUGAUCUCAAGACUGAAGUAUCCGGUGUGUUCUGUCAGAAGAAUACCAUCCACUGCUGGUCUUGGCUAUGGCUCAUGGGAGAUUGAUCCCAAAGACCUGACUUUCCUCAAAGAAUUAGGGACUGGACAGUUUGGGGUUGUAAAGUACGGAAAAUGGCGAGGACAACAUGAAGUUGCAAUCAAAAUGGUAAAGGAGGGUUCGAUGUCAGAGGAUGAGUUCAUUGAAGAAGCAAAGUGCAUGAUGAAAUUAUCCCAUGAAAAUCUGGUUCAGUUAUAUGGAGUCUGCACAAAGCAACGUCCAAUUUUUAUAAUUACUGAGUAUCUUUCCAAUGGCUGUCUGCUGUCUUACCUAAAAGAUGCCCGUUCACAUAUGGGACCAGGAGACCUCCUGUCCAUGUGUGGUGAUGUAUGUGCUGCAAUGAAUUAUCUUGAGUCUAAACAAUUUCUGCACCGUGAUCUGGCUGCCAGGAACUGUUUAGUGGCUGAAGAUGGCACAGUAAAAGUUUCAGAUUUUGGCCUCUCAAGGUAUGUAUUGGAUGAUGAAUAUACAAGUUCAUUGGGCUCAAAGUUUCCUGUCCGUUGGUCUCCUCCUGAAGUUCUUUUAUACAGCAAGUUCAGCAGUAAAUCAGAUGUGUGGUCAUUUGGUAUCCUGAUGUGGGAGGUAUUCACAUUUGGAAAGAUGCCAUAUGAAAGAUUUGGUAACAGCGAAAUUGUGGAUCAAAUAAUAAAAGGAGUUCGUUUGUACAGACCUCAGCUUGCAACAGAAAAAGUGUACGGUGUAAUGGUUAGCUGCUGGGAAGAGAUAGCUGAUGACAGACCAACCUUUCGGAAUCUACAGGCAGCAAUUAUGGAAAUUAUGGAGGAACUAUAAAGAAGUGUUGAACUUAACUGAAACUAGAUGGUUGUCUCCAAAUGAAUUAUUAUAAUUUACCAAAAUCACUGGACUUUAUAUGUGAUGUGUGAUAUCAUUUUGCUAGUACUUUUGAUAGUGAUGUAAUUUCAUUAACAGCAAUCAGAGUGGAAUUGAUUUCAAUAAAUAGUUACAUUUCUGAACUGUUGAUAUUUAUAGAAAAUAAAGACUUACAUAUCCAUUGAAAACAUUUAAACAUAUUAAAUGUAUUGUUA